GCAAAUUAUAGUAAAGAACCCCAAAAACCGAAUACUAUGAACUUUAACAAAUAUUUUGCCAUUUUCAUAAUAGUGAUCUUGGGACUUUUGUGUCAACAUGCUGCCCAGGGUCAUAGUAUUUUUGGAGAUCUGAAACGUGAUGUGGCAAGAGAUGCCCAUGAAGUUGACGAAAAAGUGGACAAUAUUAAGCAUAAAGCGGAAAAUGAUGUUCACAAAGCGGGUCAUAAAAUAGAAAAAGUGGCCAAGAAAGCUUAUAAAGUUUAUAAAGUUGUUCAAGAUGUUGAAACCGCUGGAAAGGUUAUAGAGGUCGCUGGUGCUUUGGUUCAUGUAGCUGAAAAAUUGUAAACUUAUUUCGAAGAAGUUUGUGAAGAAUUUUUUAAAUAAAUACUUUGUUUAAUAUAAA